AUGACGGGUGUGGUAUCUCGUGCUGUCCUGCUCGUCGGCGUCGUGCUCCUGACGGCGCAGAUGUGCGGGUGCACGGCGUACGUCGGCGGUGACGACGGGUUUAGCGUCGAGCUCAUCCACCGUGACCACUCCGUCAAGUCGCCGUUCUACGACCCGUCGCUCACCCCGCAUGGCCGCAUGCUCGCGGCCGCGCGGCGAUCCACGAGGCGCGCCUCGGCACUGGCAUGCUCGUACGCCGCCGCCACCGGCACUGGCUCUCCUGACGGCGGCGUGGCUGAGGUCAUCUCCAUCCCGCCGUUGGACUUCCUCAUGUACGUCAACAUCGGGUUGCCGCCUACACGGAUGCUCGCCUUCGCCGACACCGGCAGCGACCUCCUGUGGGUCAAAUGCAGCAACAAUGGCACCGCCGAUCUUCCCAAAGCCGCCGGGGGAGCGCCGCCGAGGGUCGUGUUCAACCCGUCCAAGUCGUCGACGUUCGGCCGCGUGGAUUGCCAUUCCGGCACGUGCCACGCGUUCACCGGCACCGGCGUGUCCUGCGACGCUAAAUCCAACUGCAAGUACGUCUACUCCUACUUGGACGGCUCCGAGACUAGCGGCGUUCUCUUUGUUGACAUCAGAUUUUGGCACGUUCAAGAACUUAUUUAA